GAAUUAUAGAGCUCACCGACGACACCGACGACAGCGACAAGACCCACGCUGCAUUCAAGAUGGCCGAACAAAAGACGACCCCUACGAAUCCCAUGAAGGAGCUUCGCAUCGACAAGCUCGUCAUUAACAUCUCCGUCGGUGAAUCUGGCGAUCGUCUCACGCGGGCGUCGAAAGUCCUCGAGCAGCUCACCGGUCAGACCCCCGUCACCUCCAAGGCGCGAUACACCGUCCGCCAGUUCGGCAUCCGUCGUAACGAGAAGAUCGCCGCGCACGUAACCAUCCGCGGGCCGAAGGCGGAGGAGAUCCUCGAGCGCGGCCUGAAGGUCAAGGAGUACGAGCUCAAGCGCGGGAACUUCUCCGAGACCGGCAACUUCGGGUUCGGCAUCCAGGAGCACAUCGAUCUCGGUGCGCGGUACGACCCGACGAUUGGUAUCUUCGGCAUGGACUUUUACGUCGUCAUGGGCCGUCCUGGGGCGCGGGUGGCGAGGAGGAAGCAGAAGAAGGCGCGGGUGGGCUUUUCGCACCGUAUCAAGAAGGAGGAUACGAUGGGCUGGUUCAAGCAGCGUUUCGAUGGUAUCAUCUUGGCGAAGUAGAGGUCUUGUAUCAUCAAUUUCAUGCUGUCGUAUUCCUUGCUAUGACCCUAUUGCACGCCAUGUAUCUUCACAUGCACCCAAAAGCACACUACCAUCGCUUUUUUCCACGGGAUAUCUCGAGCCUGCCUCGGUAAUUCCGGCUGGAUUGUCUUCAAGCGUGAGUCGGAGUAGGCGUCGUACAAAUAGUAGCGGCCGAGUUAGGACACCAUGGAGUGGGUUCGCCCGCGUCCACGAACAUGUC